CGGUGGGCGGACCCGGAGGAUGUGACGUCCUCCUCGGAGAGGAGAUUGUAGCAUAUCCCGACAACUCCGCUGCUCGUUAACGUUGAUGUUUGAGGAUUAUCACAAUCAUCCGGCAUGGACAGCAGACAGUAAAGACAGUGGACACCUCCUAUAAUCAGCCAUGGAUCUAACUUUUAUAUUAUCAGCUGCUAUUUUCACGCUUCUCGCUAUUGUGGUCGCCACAUCGCUAUUAAAGGGCUCCACGCAACUCCCAACAGACCCAGCAGGACCGGGAUUAGAUCAAUCAGGGCCGAAGCAGAACGGCUAUGUACCGGACAACAACAAGAAGAAGGAGAAGAAGGCGGAGGACGACUGGUGUGAGAUGAGCGGGAGUUCACAUGAUCACUGGGAUGUAGUGAAAUCUGUGCUUUCAGAGGAGGCACACCCCCACCCUCACACUGAAGAACUGGCAACACCAGUUGAGCAGUCCUCCUCCACAUCCAUGAGCUUAGAGACUGAAGGAGCCACAGAGAGCCCGGCGGUCAAUGACAAAGAGGGACUAAAUGAAAACGAUUCCUUGAAGUAUGUCCCUGGAAAGGCACGAUCCCACCAUUUGGAAAUGAUGAUGUCCACAGAGGAGCUUGAGGAGGAGCAGAGGGUGCAACGUGAGCAGCUGGCUGCCAUCUUCCAACUGCUGAAAGACAACAAGGAGACAUUUGGGGACUUGUCCGAGGGAGACAUGGAGGAGCAGCUCAGACUCUACUCCAUCUGAGACUCUUCUUUGACAACUCUGUGUUGUGAUCCAGCCUCUGAUUGUGCUUUUUAACCUGAUGGACUACUACAGUACACCAAAUACUUCAAUAAACUAGUUCACACUAUUCAACGCAGCUGUACAGUCCACUCAACAACAACUCCCUUUUUUAAUAUGACACACUUUGUUUGUUGUAUUGUGCUGUUUUACCCAUCUCUCAUGACAGAUUCAUGAUGUGUUCACACAGGAAGGAAAGCAAAUUUUCACCUUGUGUUACACUAGCAUGAGUAAUGCAAUCAAUCUGGUUUGUUAAAAAUGCCAGUUUGUAAAAAACAGACAGAUAUUUUCAGAACUUGCCAAGUGGUCCAACUUUCUUGCUUACAGACAGACACAUCCACUUUUUAAUCACAAACCGCUUCAGAUCAGAGCAGAAUCCAGUAUGACUCUGGGUUGUUUACUCUUCCAGAAGCUCCACUGUUACCACCGGGACACUCAGCAGCCGUCCACAUAUCAUUCCCUUUCUCUACUCUCCUGUCUCUCUGCAACCUCUGUGGCUGUGACGUGAAGCCAAUGUGGAAACGCCGAAAACUGCAGUUCCUCAAACAUCCACUUGAGGCUGGCUCCAGAACAAGUCAAUCCCCAUGUUGACCAAUUUCACAGCAACAGAAAUAAACACGUUCACAGCCUGGUACAAAAAACUGUUUUGGUCUCUAUAGCUGAUUUCUCUGUUCAUGUUCCAAUUAUAUGAAGACCUUAAGUAAUCCAUAAUUAACAGCAUGGACGCUUUGAUUGACAGAUGGCUUGUUUAAGCACCCAGGUUUCAUUCAGCCCACCUCAGCUCCACUGGUGAUCAAAGUUUUUGCCCGUUUUUAGAUCAGCCGACAGAUACAGGACUGCCAAUAUGGCGGCGGCCAGAGCCACCACACUAGACAAUGUCCCUUCAGCUACUUAUGGGUGACGUCACAUUUUAUUCUGUCUAUGAUCUCUACCCCUUUCCUGUCCAAUCGAGGCUAAAAGGCUAAAACAGUAUUUUUAAAUUUAGAGAAAAGAUGCCAAUUUGCCGACUUGCACUGAUUUUGUAUGUGAAGAAUUUGUAUUUCUGUGUGAACAUGCCAUCAGAGCAUUAUUAAUCAGUCAGUCAAUUAUCCACAAGCCUCAUGAAGACUCAAACAGCUGAACAUUUUCCAGCCCAGAGGAUUUCUAGCUACCUAUAUGCAAAUAAGGACUUAAAGGGAUGAAGAGCUAUUAUUCUUACUAGGUGUGUAUUAUAGUAAAAGGAGGGAAAAACAUGUUAAUUCAUUAUGUAACUUUUUUUUAUUCAAUCUAAUCUUCAUAAAAUCUGAAAGAGGUACAAAUCCUGUUCUUCUCUGUUGUGUAAUAAACCACAUGAUACACCUUU